UUUCUUUACAAGUGAUUGCAAUAUCCGCGCAUCCAUUUCUGUGGCACCCUCAUAGGUAGAGGUGAUAAACUCUAGCAGAUAGGCUCGUUCCAAAAUCUCCAACAGGUACUGCUCGUCACUCGGUUCAAAUUCCACCACACCUUUUGCCCUUUCCAUUAGACUGCGCAAUCUGUAUUUGCAGUUACUCCACUUUAGCUGAAAUGUUUCAUUAACUUCACCUUGGAGUAGUUGCUUCAUAAAUUUUACAAAUAUUUCAAGCGCUUUAGCCAACCCUCCUGUAUCAGAAAUAACAACAAAGGGUAUGUUCUGACGCAGAGCAUACGAAAUUCCAGGUAAAUUCGAUCGAUCUCCCUCAAUAAGAAUUCCACAUACCGGUACACGGUUGGUUAUUGAACCUAUAGGCGGCUGAAAGGGUGAAUUGAGACGUUUAGGGAUGCUCAAUGCGGAACGCUGUUUAUAUCCAAAUUUAUGGGGUUCCUUGUCGUCGUAAAAAUUGGACAUCUUACCCCCAUCAAUUUGAUCACUAAGAUGACUAACGAAAGCUUCGAACUGAGCUCUGCAAAGUGGAAGGUCUUUAAGAUUUUCUCUUGAAUCGAGGAAUAUGUAAUGUGUGUGGUUCUCUGCUAGUUGAAUUCUGAUAUCGUUUCCUGGGGGCUUUUUAGGAAAAUCCACUUGUUCCCGUCCCAUGUAGUCACUGCAUCGAAGAACUUGUGAGUUGUAAAGUCUUCGCCAUGGAACUAGGCAAAUAACUCGUAGUUGAUUCAUACCGUAUGCUUCAGCGUAGGCUUUCACAACUUUCGAAACCACGUCACCAGCACACUUUUCUCGACCAUCUGUCAAGAUCCAUGUUCUGGUCUGUCUAGUGAUGCGUCCAAGACUCUUCUGAAGGAGUUUGUAAAGUGACGGAGAGAAGGAAUCAGUCCCGUAGAAGGAGAGAACCAAGCCUGGUUUUGGCAACCCCCAAAGAUCAAACAGGAGUGUUUCUAACCUCUCCAUGCUUGUAUUCUCCACCAAACGGACGUACUGACUGACAAACGGCGAGAAUGUCUUCUCAAAUUGGCCGAAAGUAUUUGUUGGACGGCGAAUGAACCCGUACUUUCUUCUGGACAUAACACGCAUAAACUCUUCAUUUUCGGACAAUUUUUCAUGAUUAUUAUAUCUGGUGUUGCAAUUUUCGCAGAUGGUGUCCUGCUCGCUCUGUGCUCGGUAAACGCAGAUGUAGGAGUCGAGAAGCAAAGGGAUUUCCUUUAA